GCUUCUUGCGUUUGUUCGACCUGGUAUGGCGGGAGGCCUUAUAAACCAUGUCUGCUGUCCCUCGGUCCCCACAUUCUUUCUCCCGUCUCACGACCUGCCACGCGAACUAACGACCUCUUAUCCUCACCACUACGAACGCAAUAAUGAAGCUUUCUCCGAGUCUUGUUCUCCUCGCUAUGACCCUGGGCUCCCAGGCGUCGCUAUGGGGCUCAUCGUCGUCGUCAUCAACAGCGAAGUCACCAGCAUACACCAACUGGGCACCCUCAGAGCUGAUCGCAUGGCUCGACUCACGCAACGUACCCAUCCCCACCACCACUCCCGGACCGUCCGUCAACGAGCUCAGGUCCCUUGUGUCCUCCAACUGGGAGGGGGCCACGCACACCGCCGCGGCAUGGGGCGCCGCCCAGACGGGCUGGGCAGCCGACCAAGCUGGCCAGGCGCAAGCCAGUUUCUGGGACUACUACGGUCACUUGAAGCAGGACACCUUCGACACAUGGGACGAGUCUCGCCUUCGCGAAUUCCUCCUCGAGCAGGGCGUCGUCGAGCCCUCAGGUACCCGGGAACAACUCGCUCUUCUAGCCAAGCAAAAGUGGGGGCAGGCUUCGUCGAGCGCGUCCGCCUAUAGCAACAGCGCGUCUUCUCUCGCGAGCCUAGCUAGCCAGAGCGCGUCCAGCGCGAGUGUGCGGGCCAGCUCGGCGGUGUACGGCGGCAAGAAGUACCAGGCAAGCCAGAGCGUGAGCAGCGCCGUCACCUCGGCCUCCGCACAGGUUGAGCAGGCGCUCGAUGACACCAAAGAUUAUGUCUACUCAACCUGGGACGACAAUGCGCUGCGGGCGUACCUCGAGAGUAAGGGCGUGAUCGAGACAAAGCAGCAGGCUACCCGUAACCAGCUGUUGCAAUGGAUGCGCGACACGUACGUAACCGCUGCGAACCCCAUCUGGGAGGCGUGGAGCGACUCGUAUAUCCACCAAUGGCUACUCAAGCAUAACAUCGUCAAGUCGGGCGCGCAGAAGAAGCGGGAAGAGUACUUGGCGUUGAUGCAGAAGUACUAUUAUGGUUCGCAGGAAACCGCGUGGUCGAGCUGGAACGACUCGCAGAUGAAGGAGUGGCUCGUCGAGCACGGCGUAGUCAAGGGCGACGCACAGGUCAAGAGGGAAAAGCUCGAGAAGUUGCUUGCCGACAACUACGCGCACGCGCAAGACACGCUCUGGGGUGCAUGGAGCGAAUCGGACAUGCGCGCGUGGCUGAUCGAGCGCGGCUACAUCCGGAGCGACGCGCAGAAGACGCGGGACGAGCUGGUGAAGCUGAUGCACGACAAGUACACGGAGUACAACUCACGGGCGGCGCCGUACCUCGUGUGGCCCGACGCGCGGCUGCGCGCGUACCUGCGCGAGCACGGACUGUCGGAGGAGGCGGUGCCGACGAACCGGCCGGGCCUGCUCCAGGAGGUGAGGAUCCGGUACGUGCAGGCGGAGACCCGCGCUGAGAGGGUCUUGGGGAAGGUGAAGGGCGCGCUGUAUGAUGCGACGGAGGCGGCGGAGGAGCAGAUUGGGAGGGUGAUUGAGAAGUUGACGGGCGGCGCGGAGAGCGCGAGGGAGCAUGUCGGUGUGGGCGUUGAGACGGGCGGUGAAAAGGUGAAGACGGCGGGGCAGAAGAUGCAGAAGUCGGAGCUGUGAAUGCGCUGAACUGUCCUCUCCAUCACCCAGCUGUAGAAUGCACGCGUUCUUCUGCAUGAAUACUGUAGUGUAACCCUCCAGGGAUUAGUAUAUAUUGUAUUUGUAGAAUGGAAAUUUUGGAAACGUAC